AUGAUGACAGCGAUCGAGGUGCCAAAUUUGAAGAACAAGUUCCAAGCCGUCAAGUCAGAGUUCUCCACGCUUCGGUGGUCGAUGGACAAAGAAACUGGAAAUGCGACGGAGCAACCGUUUGACCUACCAACGUAUUGGGAUUUUCUCGUUGAGCACUUCGGGGAUAAGACGGGACUGGGCCACCAUGAAUUUGGAACGAGUGAUCCGCCUUCUCCGGCGAAAUCAGUGGAUGACAUUUCGACCGCCGACGGACUUAAGGACGACGUGACCAACGUGGAUGACGCCUGCCACGUGUCGAACGGCCCUGGGCAGCGCAAACUCGAAUUGCAACCUGAAAUGCAGCGACAGCGGGAACGGCGCAAGAAGGGCAAAAUUGAUGUUGCGUCGGGACUAGUGUCGAUGGGAGAAAUUAUGGCAAAAGGGUUGGUGGAUGCUGCAGCCCUGUCGCACAACGGUGGUGUGAACGGCGGCGUUUCGAAGCAACUACAGGUCGUGCUAGAGUCGAUAUCGGACUUCAAAACAGCCAGAACUGGAAAGACUACCACCAUGCGUCAGUUAGUCAAUCGUCACGGCAACCCUGUCGCGGAUGGAGAAGACACCGUUGUGAUCCAAGGGCUCGUGAAGCUGGCCCCAUCUGUCUUGGACUUUGGUCGCAAUCACACCAAACGACGGCCGGCUGCAUCGGAAGUUUCUGUGAAAUCAACCAUCAAGCUGUUCGUCGUCCUGCUCACCAACACAACGGUUCAGUAUCCGCACAACCCAGGUGUCUGUGCAGAUACUGAUCCGUUGUGUUGGUAA